CUUUUGCAACUGUCUGAUGCGGAAAAACUGCGUGAGCAGGAGCUGUCACUGCAAGGCGAUGAAUACUACGAUGAUAGCAGUAAUCAGCGUUCACCAAAUGCACCUUCGAAAACACCAUCUGACGAAAUUCUUCUAGAAAAGCAGCGUGCAGCUUCGGCCAUUCCACGUCCAAGUAUUUUGUCGUUCUCACCAGUACAAUCGGAGCUGAGGUCACAGGAAGUUAGGGAAGAUAUUCUAUCCGGUACUUCAGGCUCCACAUCAAACACUUUGUUUUUCACACCGUCCGACAACGUGCCAGUUCAAUUCCCAACUUCUGAUGAUCAGAGCCGAUCUCAAGUGGAAACGAAACCGACGUGA